GCUGUCGCGAAGAGUCCUGCGUAAUAAUAUAAAUAGUCACUUUUGCCACGAGUACUAUCGUGCAAAAAAAUAAUUACCCUUUGUUUUACCUAUAAUAUUAUUUCAGACUCUUCAGGCAAAGUUUUCCAUAGUUGAGUUUGUGUGGCUUUGUUCUGCUGUCUGUAUUACUGCGGGGAAACAAGGCGCAUCUCUGCAGCGGGCCCUACUCGCUCCUCUCCACUUGGCGCAAGCGCGCUGGCUCCUCUGUGCGCUCUGUACGGUGUGUUUGCAUUGUGUCAGAACUGCCAGCGAGCUUUAAAAUAUUUCCAAUCCUUCCAAACGCGGCAAUGUCGGGCAGGUCCGUACGAGCCGAGACUCGAAGCAGGGCGAAAGAUGACUUCAAGCGGGUUAUGGCCGCGAUUGAGAAAGUACGGAAAUGGGAGAAGAAAUGGGUGACAGUUGGAGACACAUCCCUGAGGAUCUUCAAGUGGGUUCCAGUGACUGAGCCCAAAACAGCAGAUGAAAAGAAGAAGGGGAAGGAUGAGAAGUAUGGGUCAGAAUUGACCACACCAGAGAACAGCUCUUCUCCUGGGAUGAUGGACAUGAAUGACGACAACAGUAACCAGAGUUCUAUCGCUGAAUCCUCCCCUGUCAGGAAACGGAAAACCAGCACUAGCCCAGCCCCCGAACCCACCACCGUAUCCCAUGGCGACAACAGUGAGGCCAAUAGCGACCAGAGCCCUGACUGCAAGAGGGUGAAGAGCAACCCAUCAGAGAGAGGACAGGGGGACAAGAGAGACAGCAGCCCGACUUCCUCGGGAGAAAAGGACACCUCAGACAGCCGCAAAGCCACUCUGGUACUCUACUCUAUAUUCCACCAUAUACCCUGGCCAGUCUGGUACUCUAUAUUCUACUCUUCCUCCACAAAGAAUAUGAGUGGCAUGAGGGCCUCCUUAAAAAUCAAAGCCUCCUUAAUCUCUUUUUAUCCCAUCCACAUUUUUUAUUGAAUAAAUGGACAAAUUGAUUUCCUCAGAUAUGGUUGUGUUU